CGGCCCGGCCCCGCCAUGGAGAAUGAGCAGCUCCCGGCCCCAGCUCCCGCCAGCAGCGCCGGCGGCACGGCCCCAGCGCCCGCCAGCAGCGCGGCCACGCGCCCGCCCGGGCCCCAGAUCUCUGUCUACAGCGGCAUCCCCGACCGCCAGACCGUGCAGGUGAUCCAGCAGGCGCUGCACCGGCAGCCCAACACGGCGGCGCAGUACCUGCAGCAGAUGUACGCGGCUCAGCAGCAGCACCUCAUGCUGCAGACGGCUGCCCUCCAGCAGCAGCACCUCACCAGCGCCCAGCUGCAGAGCCUGGCCGCCGUGCAGCAGGCAAGCCUGGCGGUGAACCGGCAAAGCAGCUCCUCGGGGGGCAACGGCACCCAGCCCGCCCCGGCACAGCAGCCCACGAUCAACCUGGCGACGUCGCCGGCGGCGGCGCAGCUGCUGAACCGGGCACAGAGCGUGGGGCCCGGCGCGUCGGGCAUCGCUCAGCAGGCCGUGCUGCUGGGCAACACUGCCUCGCCCGCCCUCACCGCCAGCCAGGCCCAGAUGUACCUGCGGGCACAGAUGCUCAUCUUCACACCCACGGGCCCCGUCAGCGCUGUCCGGCCCGAGAGCCCCGCGCCGGCCCCUCCGCCGGCCCCGCCACCUGCCCCACCACCCACCACCCCUCAGGUGCACAGCCUGGCCCUGCGCCCUGCCGGCCCCCACCUCCCUGCCCUGGCCAUGAAGCCCCCCGGGGGUGCCCCUCCCCGGGCUGGCCCCCCCCGGGGGCCCCCGCCCGACCCCCCCGCCGAGCACCUCAAAAAGGCCGAGGGGCACGAGGGCCGCGCCCAUGCCCUGGCCCGCACCACCGCCCCCGCUGCCACCCACCCGCUCGUCACCCCAGCCUACGCCCCGCUGCAGCCCCCCCAGUUCCUGCAGCAGCCGCCGAAGCCGAUGCAGCCGCAGCCGCAGCAGCAGCAGCAGCAGCAGUUCGUCAUCCAGCAGCAGCAGCAGCAGCAGCUGGGCCCCCGUGGGCAGCCCCCCUCGGGCCCCCCCAGCACCCCCCAGCUCCAGCCCCUGCCCUCUGCCAGCCCCGGCCCGGGCCCCCAGCCCAAAGCAGGGGUCCCACAGGGAGCAGGGGGCGAGGGUGGCCCCCCCAACGGGCACCCCGGCUGCCACGCUGCCCCCCGCAAGUUCCAGCACGCCUCGGCUGUCAUCCUGCAGCUGCAGCCCGCCGGCCCCACGCCGUCCCUCGGGGUCCCCGAGGGCGCCCGCCGGGACCCGCUGCCCGUGCCGAGGAGCGCCGAGAGCCCGCCUGCCGCCCCGCCGCAGCCCCCCGCCCUGUCGCCGCCCGCCGCCCCCCCGGGCCCCGACACCCCCGAGGGCGAGCGGCCCCUCACGCACGAGCCCCCCGAGCGCCUCCAUGCGCAGCCCCGCAUUCCCGGGAUGACCUCGGGCUCCGGCAGCGCUGCCGCCACCGUCGCCGGCGCCGCCCCCCACAAUGGUGAGAACAAACCGCCCCAGGCCAUCGUGAAACCCCAGAUCCUCACGCACGUCAUCGAGGGCUUCGUCAUCCAGGAGGGCGCCGAGCCCUUCCCGGUGGGCCGCUCCUCGCUGCUGGUGGGGGCCCUGCACAAGCAGUAUGCACAGGAGCUGCUGCCAGACAAGCUCCCAGCACAGGACAACACCACCACCACCGACUCGGACAUGGAGGAGCCGUACCUGCAAGAAUCCAAAGAGGAGGGGAACCCCCCCAAGUUGAAGUGUGAGCUCUGUGGCCGCGUUGACUUCGCCUACAAGUUCAAGCGCUCCAAGCGCUUCUGCUCCAUGGCCUGUGCCAAGAGGUACAACGUGGGCUGCACCAAGAGGGUGGGGCUGUUCCACCCCGAUCGCAGCAAACUCCAGAAACCGGGAGGGCCCCCCCACGGGCGGCGCCGCAGCUGCAAAGGGACCCUGCCCCCCCUGAGCAAGGACAGCAAGAAACAGCCCCCGGGGUCUGUCCCAGCGGGGUCGGUGACGGCGUCCUUGCAGCUCAACCACAGCCAGGAGGAUUCCAGCCGCUGCUCGGACAACUCCAGCUACGAGGAGCCGCUGUCGCCCAUCUCCGCCAGCUCCUCCACAUCGCGGCGCCGGCAGGGGGAGCGGGAGCUGGAGCUGCGGGACAUGGAGCUGCCCGACCGCGACCUGCCCGGCCUCGGCCACCGCUUCCUGCCCAGCGAGCCCAGCAAGUGGAACGUGGAGGACGUUUACGAGUUCAUCCGCUCGCUGCCAGGCUGCCAGGAGAUCGCAGAGGAGUUCAGGACACAGGAGAUCGACGGGCAGGCACUGCUGCUGCUCAAGGAGGAUCAUCUCAUGAGCACCAUGAACAUCAAGCUGGGCCCUGCCCUCAAGAUCUACGCCCGCAUCAACAUGCUCAAGGACUCCUGAGGGGGGGGCACGGGACCCCACUCCCCCCACGGGACCCCUGACCCCCCCAUGGCCCCGGGGAGGGGGUGAGGGGGGGGGGAGACACUUGUGAGCACACCCCGCCCCCCCUGCCCCCCCGGGGGGUGUAAAUAGCCCGUAGCUCUAGAGCCCCCCACACCCCCCCAGCUUUGGGGGGUCACCCCCCCUUCUGCAGCAGGGAGGGGGUCCCCACGUGUCCCCCCCGUGUCCCCCCAGGUCAGCAGAGCCAAGCAGGACGGUUGCCUUAACGUGUGCUCCCUCCCCCGGCUGGGAUUGGGGCCCCCAGGGAGGUUUGGACUCCCCCCAAAGGGGGUCAGGGAGAGGUGGGGGGCGCGGAGGAGGCGUCACCCCCCAUUCACACACACCCCCCCACACGCUGGGCUGGGUUUGGGGGCACCCAAGCAGAGGACAGUGGUGGGGGUCCCCCCCCCAGGCAGGUAAGGACCCCCCCACUCCCCCCUCAGCCAGCACGAUCUUUUUAAGAAAAGAAAAGGAAAAAAAAAAUGGAAAAAAACACAUGGUCCCACCCCCCCUUUUCCUGUUUUUUGUUUUUGUUUUUAAUAAACACUGAAAAAAAAACAAACAAA